AUGCCACAGACGGAAGAAGAAGUGCGAUCGAACCUUGCCAUCCUAUAUGUUCAUCGGCUGGAGGAAAGACUGCGAGCUCUGGAGAAUUCCAUCAUAGAUGGCGAUCAAAAUGCUCGGCACAGCAGAGAGGCACCUGACGACACAUACGCUGAUGAUAUGCUUGACGAUCUUCCGGACAUUGGUCUUCAGACAGGAAACCCAUCCGAUAGAGAGAACCAGGAGACCGCUGGUGAUGGAAGACCCAUGCUUGAUCACAAUGUGCAGUCAGCCCAAGUUCCAGACGUGGUCCUUACGAAUCCCAUACAAAGCCCCACGUUCGCCGACGAAUUACGCACGUUGUCACUGGCCGCUGCAGCUGAGCGACAUCUUGGGUCAACAUCAGGCCUAUCCUUCGCGAAGCUCACUCAGACGGUGCUGCGGCGUUUGACUCCAGACAAAGCAGACUUUGUGUUCAUCAACCACCAACGAAAUAUUGCAGGGGCAUCCCUCUUUGACCUAGAAUCGCCCUCAGAUUCAUUGGGUGGAUCAGUAUUCCAAAAUCUGAGCGAUUCCGUCUCUUCUCACCCAGUCUUGUUCGGCGAUUUGUAUCUGGCAGACCUGACCGUGUCCGACAGUGCUGAGUUGAGAAGUCUUGCAUGGCCAAGCGAUGAGGCCCAUGUUCAGCGACUGGUGAAUUUCUAUUUUGCGCAUUCACACACGCUCUAUCCGUUUCUUUCAAGAUCUGAGAUCACCAAGACGCUCGAAAGAGUCCGCAACAGUCCUCACGAGCUUGACAGUGAGCCAGCUGUGGAAGUCUUCCGACUGUGGAUGGUACUUGCCAUCGGAUCGACAGGCUAUUCGUCGAUCACGCUCACGGAAGAAUCUGAAUCGCGAUUGUAUUACAGCAAGGCACUACAGUAUUCCGAGUCAGCUCUGGGUACUGACGAUUUUUCGGCCCUGGAGGUGAUCAUGUUACAAGUCUCGUAUUCCUUUUUUAACCAACUAGGACCUAACACCUGGUUCCUUGUCGGAACAGCAGCUCGUCUGGCUUUGGGAAUGGGAUUGCAUACGGCCUCGACGUAUGGUGCGCUGUCCAAAGAUGAGUCUGAAAGGAGAAAGCGAGUCUUCUUUUGCAUCUACAUGAUGGACCGUGUCGUAUCUGUUGCGCUAGGUCGACCGUUCGCGAUAAAUGACGAUGAUAUUGACAUCGAGGACUUCUCGCCUGCAGGACACGACGAUCAGAGUACCUUCGGAGAUCAGUACAUGCCUGACCUUGGCCAGCCGUCGCCUCUGGCAGUGCCACUGCACAUCCUCGCCCUACGCCGAAUUGCCAGUAAGAUCUCCAGAAAUGUCUACACUGCCCGCGCUAGCGCUGGCAAGAGCGACGAAGAGAGGGAAGCUAUCCUAGCAUCGUUACACCAGGAAUUGCUCUCUUGGCGUCGCAACACACCAUUCCCACUCCCAAACUUUGGGGUCGGCGUUCCACACCUAACGACCACCUGGUACGACUUCAAUUUCUACUCGCAUCUGGCAAUGAUUUAUCGCCCAUCACCGCUGUGCCCCAGGUCGGACGUCAGACGCAUCAAGAUCCUCGAGACCGCAGCUUCGAUGUCCAUCCGGCAGGCGUACAGUAUGCACCAGCAACGGUCGCUUGCGUACAACUGGCUCAACUUUUUGGCCUUGUUCACCUCUACCAUAUCACUCGUCUACGCUGUCACUGCACAGCCGGAAGAGCUUGUCGUUGUGCUCCGGCAGACCAGGGCGAUUGACGAUCUCGACCUCGUAUUACAGUUGUUUGAUACUUUCGGACAGAAGUUCCUGGCAGCCACCAAGAUUAGCAACAUGAUCCAGGAGAUCUCCAGAACGUAUAAGAGCAUCCUUGCAAGACACGAUCAAAGCGCUGCAACCGGUCUACCAGAACUAUUCGAGCCAGCUCAGGCUUUUGGCACCACUUGA